GGUCCUCCCACCCUGACCCUCCCGCUUCCCCACUGCAGCUCGCACCGGUACCUCCCGCUGCCGCAGCUCCCCGGGCGGAGACACAAGCUCUGAGUCAUUCGGCGGCUUCUGUUGGGUCGGCGCCGUGACGGCUCACUGCGGCGUGUCGUCGGCGCCGCCGAGCUCGUAGCGCGCCUGCCGUCCCCGCCGAGCCUGCUCUUGUCCCCCGGCUGGUCCGGGACACCCGGGCACCGCUUCGACGGCGGCUUCGGCGGCCCCGCGGCCCGGGUCGCAGCCCGCACCCGGAGCAGACGGCGUCAUGAGGCACCUGCCGUACUUCUGUCGCGGCCAGGUGGUGCGGGGCUUCGGCCGCGGCUCCAAGCAGCUGGGCAUCCCUACAGCCAACUUUCCCGAACAGGUCGUGGACAGUCUUCCAGCUGAUGUAUCCACUGGCAUUUAUUACGGUUGGGCCAGUGUCGGAAGUGGGGAUGUUCAUAAGAUGGUGGUGAGCAUAGGAUGGAACCCAUACUACAAAAAUACAAAAAAGUCCAUGGAAACCCAUAUCAUGCAUACCUUCGAAGAGGACUUCUAUGGGGAAAUCCUCAACGUGGCCAUCGUCGGCUACCUCAGACCUGAAAAGAACUUUGAUUCUUUAGAGUCCCUCAUUUCAGCAAUUCAAGGGGAUAUUGAGGAAGCCAAGAAACGACUAGAUUUACCAGAACAUUUGAAACUCAAAGAAGAUAAUUUCUUCCGGGUUCCUAAAAGCAAAAUGAUGAAUGGCCACUGAUGAAAUAUCAUCUUCUUAUUUAUUCAUUCAUUGUUUUCUCGUAUUUUACUACUCACAACUCCUCGUCAUUAAUACUUUAAAAAUCAAACAUUUUCCUACAGCUGUGAAUUAAACAGUGCAAUGUAUUUACCACAUUAUGCGUCAGUUGUCCAAAUUUAACGCAUCGUGCUAUAGUACUAAAAUGAUUCGUUUUAAAAAUCAAGCUGCUUUUUUAUGUGGUGUGUCAGUUAAAAUGUACUGCUAGAAAGGUCGUAACUGUCUUAUAAUGGGAAUGAAGCGUAUAUAAGUAUGGGUGAAAGGUCAAGUCACUAGUUUUGAGAUGAAGACUCUAAUUGUCACGGUAAACAGUAGCGUAUACGCACCUGUGUAGGAUGUGCUGCUAAGUAGGGAAGGCUUAUAAAUAAAUGUACUCACCAGAGCUUUGAGAGUUUAUUAUAAACCUAAGCGGAAAAAUCCAGACUUUAUAUUUUUGAUAUUUGGUAUAUUAAUAUAUUUACAAAUAGCGAUAUGUGGGAUUUCACGGUAGUCAGUCAUUUCCUCUACGAGGUCAAAGCAUUGUACUGUGUUCCAUUUUUGUUAGAGCUCCCUCAGCUCCAGUUGGUCUAGACUCGCUCUUCCUGUCCUUUGUUUGUCUCCAAAAGCAGUAAAGUGAGUGUUUUUCUAAAUCUCUAGAUGGCGUCUGUGUUGUAUAACAUUUGUCCUUUUUAGAGUCGAUAUUCGACAUUUUUCUGGACUUUGGUUCUGUUUUUCUUGAAACCAUUGUUAGUGUCAGGGUUUUUUGUUUUUUUUUCCCCCUCCUAUUCCAUUUAGAAUAUCCUACAGCUGUACACUUGGACAAAAGACGGCAUCCAUAUGUACCAUUCCAUCCCUUUGCCCUGUGAACAGUGACCAAGUGCAAAGCUGUGUUGCCUUUUAGGAAAAAAAAAAUGCCCAUCUCUAGGUUUCCUCAUGUUUGGGGGAGCACGCAGUGGAUGAUUUGUAUAUACCAGUUUCUAGACGAAUACAAACAUUUGUUUUCCCCCUAGGGAAGCCAUUUAAGAACCAAUUAAAUUAUGAAACAUUUAUUUUUAAUGUAAUUACAUAUUCCUGAGCAAAUGUAAACUGUCGUGGCUUUGUACGCACAAUGUAACUUAAUGCUGAACAGUGCUUGUAGCUUGGGGAAAAGGCAUACAUAAUAAAGUUUUAGUUAAAUAAUCUUCA